CUUGGCCUACAAGAAAACAGCUGUUCUGUGUGUUAUUAUUUCGGUAGCUAUUGCCGGCCUUACGGCAUAAUAAAUAUUAAAUAAUGCUAAAAACGUGUACGAAACGCCUAACAAGCAAUUGUGGUGCUUGGCGUUGCCUUGCAACGCAACCAACGUACAUGAAUAUCUUCGAUAGAAACACAAAGCGACUGCAAAAGGAACGCGCCGCGCUGAGCGCAGAUGUGGCGACGUAUGAUUACCUAAAGGAGGAGGUGGGCUUUCGUCUAGCGGAUCGCGUGUUUGACAUUAAGCGCGAGUUCAAGACAGCUGCGGAUAUUGGCUGUAAUCGCGGCUAUAUAUCCAAGCACAUACUUGCCGAGUGCGUGGAGCACCUGACGCUGACCGACACGAGUGCCACAAUGCUGGAUCAAGCGCAGGGCACGCCAGGACUGAAAAUGCGCAAACUGGUGCAGGACGAGGAGCAUUUGGAUUUUGAGGAGAACUCGCUGGACUUGGUCAUAUCCAGCUUGAGCUUACACUGGGUGAACGAUUUGCCCGGCUGCUUUGCAAGCAUUAAACGCAGCCUGAAGCCCGAUGGCGUGUUCAUAGCCUCACUGUUUGGUGGCGAUACUUUGUAUGAGCUCCGUUCCUCUCUGCAACUGGCCGAGCUGGAGCGCAAGGGUGGCAUCGCGCCGCAUGUUUCACCCUUCACACAGAUUCGCGAUAUUGGCUCGCUACUGAAUCGUGCCGGCUUUACCAUGCUGACAAUCGACACAGACGAGCUGGUCAUUGGCUAUCCUAGCAUGUUUGAGCUAAUGUGGGAUCUCAAGGGCAUGGCCGAGAGCAAUGCCGCCUUCAAUAGGCCAGCGCAUCUCAGUCGCGAGACGAUGCUGGCGGCCAGCGCCAUAUACAAAGAGCUCUACAGCAAACCCAAUGAAGAAGGCGUACCGGCGACAUUUCAAAUUAUCUACUUAGUAGGCUGGAAGCCCGGUCCCAAUCAGCCUCAACCGCUGCCGCGCGGCACAGCCGAGGUAUCGCUCAAGGAUCUGGGCACCAUUGUAGAAAGAGGCGGCAAAAUCAAAAUAGAUCCCGACACGUGAACCUGUAGUCUGAUAAAUCGUCAUAAUAAAAUUCAAUUUUAAAGCUUAUUUUGAAACGCACUUUGAAAAUUUAAUUUACAAUCAACUUGUAACUUAAACAAAAAAAAAUGAAAAACAUGUUUUGAUAAAGCAAAAGUUUCAUGUUUAUAAGACGAACAUAGGGCGCAGUUCUAUUUCAUUUGUUUCACGUGCGUGCUAAACUUAAAUUAUGCAUAUACAUAGUUGUUUUUCCUUUUAAAUAUAAAUUACUUAAAUUUAAGUAUAAAUUUGCAUAGUUAGGCAUACUCAACUAUACACAUAGAUAAUAAUAAUCAUUCGUUAGCUCUUGUUAUUAAUCAACUCACUUGCUUAUAUUUGGUAGCACUUGUUAUAUAUUUCAUGGACGUAACUUUUUAUUUUUUGUUUUGUAUUUUUUUUAACGUUGCUUUGUAUUUUGUUUGGUACGUAUAUACAAGUACAAUUUACAACAUG